AUCAGAAUGGCUCCUUUAAGUGUUAACGAGCUGGCCAAAAUGAUCGACCACUCCAUCAUCGAUCCCUACCACACAGAAAACGAUCUAAUCAAUGGAAUUCAGCUGGCCAAGAAGUACCAGACCGGCCAGUUCGUCACCCAACCGUUCAGAGUUAAGCAGGCUCGUCAGCUCCUUCAGGGAACGAGCAUCAACCUCCAGACCUUUAUUGGCCUCCCUCACGGCAGCGACCGUUCAGAAGUCAAAGUCUUCGCAGCCAAGAAUGCCCUGGAAGGUGGUGCACAGGAACUCGAUAUGGUUAUUAAUAUUUCCGCUCUACUGAGUGGAGAUAUGGGCUACGUGGAAAAGGAGGUGAAAACUGUAGUCGACACAGCUAAGGUUCGA